GACUGAUCGCGGAUUCACAUCCAAAUUCAACAUGGCCGCUGCAUACAUGCUUCUCCGAAGAGCGUGUUCUAGCAGUGGUUUUAGGCUGAUUUCACCGUUGUAUGCAGCUCAAGCGUCUGCAAAGGCGUCCAGUUUAGCUCCAAGUUUCACCGUGCUAUCUUCUCUGACCAGAGCUAUUGCCAUACGUGGAUCUGUUGCCGGACCCCAGCUGAACAUUCAAAGAAAUUUGGCAAGCAACAAAGAGGAGUAUGACAAACUCUGGGCUGCAGCGACAGGGGGGAGAGGAACAGGGCGUGGCAGGAAAAAGAAAGUCAAGAAAGGUGUCGACCCAGAAAAGCUCAAAUUUGCCAGGGGUGGGACCCAGUGGGAGGGGUUCAACGCGCCUGUCAUCCUUGAAGGGGACGUGGUAGAGAAAGGGCGACUUCCUGGUAAAGAGGAUGACCAAGAGUUCAGGAGACCUGGCCAGUGGUUUGAAAGGGGAUGGAGUGGAACGACAUGGCCAGGAAGAAAAGCUGGUAACCCUCAGAGAUCUGAUCGAGAGGUUCUCAAGAAUUUUGAUUCAGUAGUGGUUGAGCUACGCCGGGUCAGUAAUGUGACAUCUGGUGGGAAAAAGAGAUCCUUGCGGGCGCUUGUCGUAGUGGGUAACAGGAAUGGUGCUGCAGGAUUUGGGGUUGGCAAAGGAAGGACACCCAUCAGUGCCAUAAGAAAAGCAAGAAAUAAGGCUGUUAAUUAUCUGUAUUUUGUCGAGCGCUGUGACAACAGAACAAUUUUCCAUGAUUUUGAAACACAAUUCAAAAAGACGAAAAUCAUCUUCCAACGUAAGCCUCCAGGCUUUGGCCUGAGUUGUCAUCGUGCAAUCAAAGAGAUAGCAGAACUCCUUGGUAUUGAUGAUAUGAGGUGUAAAGUACUUGGACCGACCACGCCCUUAAGCCUGGUGCAAGCUGUAUUCCAAGGACUUACUAGCCAGUGCAAUCACCCCCUAACACUCAGCCUCAUGUUGCCAAGUCAGGAAUUCUGGUGCAAACAUGUUUGCAAAUAGGCUAAAAGAAUUUGGCAAAGCGGAAGAAGACUCCUAAGAUCACGAACACAUUUACACCAAAUAUCCAUUUUUGGUACUAACCAGAGGUAUCAGCCAACCUUUAGCCUACCAGGCAAAUGACCCACUGGAAUAUGCCCUGGACCACCCUAAGGGGGGGGGGGGAUGGGUACCAGUGAUUCUUUGGCGUUGUGUCCAAUAUAUAUUAGUUAACAGGCCCGUAGCCAGGAUUUUGAGCGGGGUGGUUCGUUUUCCCAUUUCAGCGGACCAAAUUUCCGGUAUACCUCUCCCCUCGCCUUGUUACAUUAGGCAAUUAAACUUGUAUUUAAAAUGUUAUUAAUAUGGUGCUUUUUAACAUAUAACGAUAAUAAUUAAGAUAAUAAAAAGAUUUUUAUAGUCAUUUUAAAGAUAUAUUGAUGUGCACGGUAUAUCUCCAGCCAAACGUUUUAUAUUUUUAUUUGUUCUGAGCGGGUUUGGGUUUUUAGGCCUCUAGGUAACACAUCACCAUAGGUCACAAAGAUGGCCCGCUCAAAAGCUUAUCAGGGACUCAUUCUUAAACACCUAGUAAAGUGUUUUGAAAAUGUUGGAGGGAAGGGUUUCACAAACACGGUUAUGUACUAGACGACUCUGGACCCAACUUGUGUUUUAAAUCUUUUACUGCCUCAGAAAAUAAAGGCAAAUUAAUUUAAUGAUUCGAAUUCGAUAAUACCUGAAAAAUAAGACUCCAAGAUUUUCAAGUGAAGCCUCGGAGUAAAUCUGCUCAUCAGAUCCUCAUGGCCUGUCACGCGCGUUGCGUUACAAACAUAAAUAAGGCGCUUAUUAGCCUACGUGUAGCCGCUGACUCUUACGGCGGGUUUCAGCGCUUCAAUGGAUUUCUUGGAAGUAUCGAGUAUUUGAAGAAAGAAUGAUGGCGGAUACAACAGAAAUUUCAAAAGUUAUCAUCGAUGAAUGUACGUGUGGUGUGUGUCAGGAAGAGUUUAAUGAAAAAACCCGAGUUCCCAAAUUACUGCACUGCUCUCAUACACUAUGCAAAGCUUGUGUUUCAGCGCUACUUGGAGGAGGACGAGGAAUGUACAGAGAAAUGAAUAGUAAUUUAUAUGGAAGGGCAAAUGAUCACGAUUCCUUUAAAUGUCCGUUUUGCAAUGCAAGGCAGGUUACCGAACAAGGAAACGUGGAUAACCUUCCAAAUAAUUUGACAAUUCUUAGGCUGUUGGAUUUCACAGAAGGGAAUCAGGCAGCAAAAGAGCU